AAACAAGACAAAAAUCUAAUCCUGAAAGCAUCGUUUUUGGCACAUAUCACAGUGUUUUCAAGUUUUGGCAUGUUGGCAACACUGUUUACUCCAGUAACACGCCUACAACCAGCACCAGCACAGUUCUGACGGUCCACUCUAUUAUACAGCUCAGUGGUAAAAAUAGCCUGCCGCACAUGGCGGUGUUAGGCGCACAACUGGUCAUUACGAUGGCUGUGGCCUCAGUUUUGCAGAAACUGGGGCCGCACUACUCGCUGGGACGGUGGCUCCUGUGCAGCACGGGUCUCGUCCGCUUUCUGUACCCCACGGACCAGGAGCUGCGAGGACUGGCAGGAGUGCCCAAGAAGAAAAAGGGCGAGUCCUCCGACACGUUCCACGUGCCUCGCAACCUCGACCUGCAGCUGGAGAAGGCGCCGGUGAGCGCGCUGGACGUGGUGCACCUCCGAUAUUACUCUGAAUACCAAUGGCUGUUUGACUUUGCCAUUCACGCUGGCUUCGUUGUCAUUCUGUCCGAGGUCGUUCAGCUUUUCACCGGUCCGCAGGACGAGGCCAGGCUGUCGGUCUUGUGGUGUCUGCUGGUUGUCGCGUUUGCCUUCAAGAUCUUGGCUCAGCUGGCCCUUCAGUAUUUCAAAGGAGAAGAAAGUCUCGGAGAAAGAUCGAUCUGCAUCGUCGCUGCUUCAGCGUACCUUCUGGUAGCAAUGGUGGUGCUCAUUCUCGAUGAGAAGAGGCUGGAGCUCGGCCUGGAGAAGGCCUAUACCUCGUUUCAAAGUGGAGCCUCUCAGUGGCUCAGUUAUCAGGGCAUGGAGACACAGGGACCUGCUUCAAAGCUCAUUCUGAAGCUUUGCCUGGCUGUGUGGUGUUCCGUGAUCGGCGCUUUAUACAUUUUCCCAGGACUUAGAAUGGCGAAAAUGCACAAAGACUCUUUAAAGUACUGCGAGGAGAGGCCAAUUUUGCGUGCCUUGAUGAAUUUUAGUUUCAUCGCGCCCUUUAUUCUGGUCGUCCUGUGGAUUCGGCCAAUCUGCCGGGAUGUUCUCGUCCCUAAACAUUUUUCAGAGGCUGCAUUUGAGUCUUUCCGCUUGUGGUGCAUCAUGGCCGCCGUGGCUCUGCGGGUCUCGCUCAUGCCCAUUUACCUCCAAGCGUAUCUCAACAUGGCCCACCUGCGUCUCGAGGAGCAGAAAAAGGAGGCAGGCAGGAUCACCAAUAAAGAGUUACAGCAGAAGGUGGCAGCUGUAUUUUACUACCUGUGUGUCGUCGCCCUCCAGUACCUGGCACCAAUUCUUCUCAUUCUUUUCACAAGCCUAGUCUACAAAACCUUAGGGGGUCUUUCAUGGACCGGAGUUGACCCCGAGUGCCCGAUCACUGGAGGAGGAAGUGAGGGCCUCAGCAUGAUUUUUACCACCGACGUCUUCAGGGGAUUAUUUGGAUUCGCAACCUGGUGGUGCAUAUUCACCUGGUUUUCAUCAGUGUGUUUAGGUGUUGCAUACCAGUCCUACUUUGGACGAAUCUAGACUGACAUUCGCCAUUGCUAGUGUUCAAUUGUUUGUGUUAUUAAAAAUUACCAAAAUUCGGUAA